GUCACGGUCAGCUGAGGAGAAGGGUAGGAAAAUAUACGUCUAAUUUCGAGGGAACGUGAAUAUGCACAAUGAAGAAUGAUUAUAGUUUUCAUAUCUAAAAAGAAGGUGUUCAAAAUGGUCGAGCCGAUUUUCGACUAUCAGUUUAGGUUGAUACUCAUAGGUGAUAGUACGGUCGGAAAAAGUUCUUUAUUAAAAUACUUCACGGAUGGGAAGUUCGCAGAGCUUUCAGACCCAACAGUUGGGGUUGACUUCUUUGCUCGCCUGAUUGAAGUAAAGGAUGGAACCCGGAUAAAGUUACAGCUGUGGGACACCGCAGGACAGGAAAGAUUUCGGUCCAUAACCAAGUCAUACUACCGCAACUCUGUUGGGGCACUGCUGGUGUAUGACAUCACAAACCGCUCAAGCUUUGAGCAUAUUCCGCUGUGGAUGAUGGAGGCUCGUCGCCACAUUGAGCCACACCGGCCCGUGUUUGCACUGGUGGGUUGCAAGUUGGACCUAGUAUCAUCAAGCGGACGACGUGAAGUCACCAAAGAGGAGGCCCGAGAAUUCGCAGAACAUAAUGGUUUGCACCACGUGGAGACAUCAGCGAAGACAGGUGCGAAUGUCGAGGAAGCUUUCAAUGCAGUGACACAGGAAGUAUAUUCACGCAUCCAGACCGGAGAGUACAAGAUUGAGGAUGGGUGGGAUGGCAUCAAGACAGGCUUCCAGCGACCUGGGGGGCUGGAUUUUAACUUAGUGGAGGCAGAGCCUGCAAAAUCCACAUGCUGCUGAGGUAUAUGAUGGAGUAGUUGGAACAAUUACGGUGCCUCUGUUGUAGACAGUCCUCUAUAAAUAUAGUGAUGUGUGUGACAAGCAAGGCACUGCCAAACCUUGCCAUAUGAAGACUCCCACAUGCAGUUCAACUGUUCUGUUAAAGAAACUUAAAGGAGAAGAGCAGCCAGUUGGUCUGCCAGGGAAGUCUCUUGGAAUUGACUGUGGGACUAUGAAGUCCACAGAUUGACAAAAUAAGAUUCUAGCAAUUUACUGGUUUUAAUUGCCUUCCUUUGGUACCACAUUUAUUUACAAAAUUCAGUGUAACUAUGAAUAUAGAAGUCGUCCAAAUUAUACUAUAAAUUUCUGUAUGAAGGAUCAUUUUUCAAGGAAUGUCACAGCUCUCUUUGUAAAUGUGCACAUGGUCUUCUGUAAAAUUUCAUAUGAAUUAGAGCAGGGAACCACCAGU